GGCGGAGCGUGUCCAUGGCGAUCCAACAUGGCCGAGGAGACGACGGCUGGAGAGCACCUGGAGUUUCUCAGGGAGAGGCACGUCUGCUUCUUCGAGCGAUGCCUGAAGAUUUUGCCCGAGAGGUACUGCUCACUGGAGACCAGCAGAUUGACCAUUGCCUUCUUUGCGUUGUCUGGUCUGGAUAUGCUGAGUGCCUUACAUCUGGUGGAUAAAAUCAAUAUUAUUGAAUGGAUUUAUUCUCUGCAGGUCCUUCCUACUGAAGACAAAUCUAAUCUGUACCGCUGUGGAUUCAGGGGUUCAUCACAUCUGGGAAUCCCAUAUAAUGUGUCAGAGAGUCACGGUACACAUCAUUUGUAUGACAGUGGGCACAUAGCAAUGACCUACACUGGCCUAGCUAGCCUGGUGAUUCUUGGAGAUGAUCUGAAACGGGUAAAUAAGGAAGCAUGUUUAGCAGGACUUAGAGCUCUGCAACUUGAAGAUGGCAGCUUCUAUGCUGUGCCAGAAGGAAGUGAAAAUGACAUGAGGUUUGUCUACUGUGCCACUUGUAUCUGUUAUAUGCUCAAUGAUUGGUCAGGAAUGAACACAAAGAAAGCCAUAAAUUACAUCAGAAAAAGCAUGUCAUAUGACAAUGGACUCGCACAAGGAGCUGGACUGGAAUCACACGGUGGAUCUACUUUCUGUGCCAUCGCAUCACUCUGCCUGAUGGGAAAACUGAAUGAAGUAUUUUCUGAAAAAGAGUUAAAUAGAAUAAGGCGGUGGUGUAUAAUGAGACAGCAGAAUGGUUUUCAUGGACGACCCAAUAAACCUGUAGACACUUGCUACUCUUUUUGGGUUGGUGCAACCUUACAGCUUCUGCAGAUUUUCCAGUACACUAAUUUUGAGAAAAACAGGAAUUACAUUUUGUCGACCCAGGAUCGCAUUGUUGGGGGAUUUGCAAAAUGGCCGGAUAGUCAUCCAGAUGCAUUGCAUGCGUACUUUGGCGUUUGUGGUCUUUCGUUAAUUGGAGAGGCAGGUGUUUGCAAAGUACAUCCUGCAUUGAAUAUGAGCAUAAGGGCUUUUCAGCACCUUCAGCACCUGCAUCACACAGCAGAGACUAAGGAGCUGGAGCAGCACUCAGAAUCUGUGCCUGACUACACAUGACAAACAUGGUAGCAAAAAAAAUUUAAACUUAAACUGGGUUGAAUAUUUUUGCCCAAGGAAAAAGCCAUCACCUUAGGAAAAAAUCUUGUUUGAAUGCUGAGGUUCCAUAUUAAUAAGACAGCUGUACAGAAUGUUCCUUUUAAACAAUUGCCAAUGGUCAGUAAAUAGACCAAUUGCUAUUUGCUCUGAAAUCUGAUAAUGCAUUGAGUAUGUGUUUUGAGUGAGUGGUUUGUCUAUAUUCUCUAUAAGAAAUCAUUUAUACUAAUUUUUUUAAGAAUUUUGAGCAUUUAAUAAAUAAGUAAUAAUAUA